AUGUCUCACAGCAAAAGAAACACUUCGCGGCCAGUCUUCACCGCCCACGAACGAGCUCUCGCCCAGUCAGCCUGGGCCAAGUCCUCCGCCCGCCUCAAUCGCGAUUCAUUCUUACCAUUCGGUUCGUGCAGUCUGUGCCUUGGUGUGGCCCGCGACCCCGUGUCCUGCCCGAAAGGCGACGUCUUCUGUCGCGAGUGCGCCCUCGCCAAUAUCCUCGCCCAGAAGCAGGAGCUCAAGCGCGCCGAAAGGGCACGCAAGGCCGCCGACGAAGAAGCUGAACGUAAAGCUGCCGCCGACGAUGAGGAGGACCGCGCAAGGGCCAUUCGCGACUUUGAGAUGACCCAGGCCGGCCUCGAUGUCGCCCCAGCCAACAAAAAGUCCAGAAAAUCGGAGACUCGUGACGAGACCCAACAAUAUGUUCUCACUGCCGAUGCUCCGCGGCUCAACCUAUUGACAGAUGGCCGACAUGAUGACCACGAGGUUGUUGUGGCUGACAAGGGUGCGGCUGGCGCAAAGAGGAAGUUCAAAUUGGAUGAGCACGAGGUGGACCGCAACGACAAGCACGAUAAGGCUAAAGCCAGGAAGGCCAUUGAGGACGAAAAGCUAUUGACUUUUCAAAAUUCCAAGCAGGCUGCGAAAUCAUCAUUGCCCUCCUUCUGGACCCCGUCCCUUACCCCAGAUGUACACGAAAGCAAGAUUGGCCCCACUGCCAGAAAGAUCAAGACGACACCCACGUGUCCUGCCUCGUCUGAAGACGGACAGCACUCUAUUUCCCUGCAAAAGCUCAUCACCAUCAAAUUUGACGAGCAGGAAGACGCUUCUACCAACGAGAAGAAGCGCACCUGCCCCUCGUGUCGCAAGGCAUUAACCAACGCCUUGACUCCUGUCCUCGCUAGGCACUGCGGUCACGUCUUGUGUCGCAGAUGUGUCGACCAAUUCCUCAUCCCGUCGGCCAAGAAUAGGAGCUCCGAGCAAGGCUCCAUUAUAACAUGUUUUGUCUGUGACGAGCCGGUAGCGGUAAACCCGUCGGCGGAGGACGGUCCCAGGUCAGGCCUGCCCACUGGUCUAGUUUCCUUGAAGUCUGAGGGUACAGGCUUCUCGGCGCGGGGUACGAGCACAGUUGAGAAAUCUGCUGUCACGUUCCAAUGUUAA